UCUCCCCACAGUCUCACCAUGGCCCGCACCGUGGUGCUCAUCACCGGCUGUUCCUCGGGCAUCGGCCUGCACUUGGCCGUACGUCUGGCUUCAGAUCCAUCCCAGAGCUUCAAAGGUAUAGAUAGGCAGGGACAGGGAGGGAGAGAAGGGAGGAGCCCUUGGAGGCCAGAAGGGAAGUCAGAUCUUCCUCCUCUCCCAAAACCUCCAGUGUAUGCCACGUUGAGGGACCUGAAAACACAGGGCCGGCUGUGGGAGGCGGCCCGGGCCCUGGCAUGCCCUCCGGGAUCCCUGGAGACGUUGCAGCUGGACGUAAGGGACUCAAAAUCCGUGGCCGCUGCCCGGGAACGCGUGACUGAGGGCCGCGUGGACGUGCUGGUGUGUAACGCAGGCCUGGGCCUGCUGGGGCCGCUGGAGGCGCUGGGGGAGGACGCCGUGGCCUCUGUGCUGGACGUGAAUGUAGUAGGGACUGUGCGGAUGCUGCAGGCCUUCCUGCCAGACAUGAAGAGGCGCGGUUCGGGACGCGUGUUGGUGACCGGGAGCGUGGGAGGAUUGAUGGGGCUGCCUUUCAAUGACGUUUAUUGCGCCAGCAAGUUCGCGCUCGAAGGCUUAUGCGAGAGUCUGGCGGUUCUGCUGCUGCCCUUCGGGGUCCACUUGAGCCUGAUCGAGUGCGGCCCAGUGCACACCGCCUUCAUGGAGAAGGUGUUGGGCAGCCCAGAGGAGGUGCUGGACCGCACGGACAUCCACACCUUCCACCGCUUCUACCAAUACCUCGCCCACAGCAAGCAAGUCUUUCGCGAGGCGGCGCAGAACCCUGAGGAGGUGGCGGAGGUCUUCCUCACCGCUUUGCGCGCCCCGAAGCCGACCCUGCGCUACUUCACCACCGAGCGCUUCCUGCCCCUGCUGCGGAUGCGCCUGGACGACCCCAGCGGCUCCAACUACGUCACCGCCAUGCACCGGGAAGUGUUCGGCGACGUUCCGGCAAAGGCCGAGGCUGGGGCCGAGGCUGGGGGCGGGGCCGGGCCUGGGGCAGGGGACGAGGCCGGGCCCAGUGCGGUGGGGGACCCUGAGCUCGGCGAUCCUCCGGCCGCCCCGCAGUAAAGGCUUCCUCAGCUGCUGUCUCCCGCGCCCUUCUUUGUCCCCUGGGUCUGUGUGGUCCCUGGGGAUGGGGCGGCGGUAGCAGCUGUGGGUGGCUAAUUAAGAUAGAUCGCGUUAGCCAGUUUUACCAGCGCAGCUAGGCGCGAUGGCUGUCGCCUGUAAUGCCAGCGCUUUGGGAGGCGGAGGCAGGAGGAUCGCUCAAGCCCCGGAGUUGGAGACCAGCCAGAGCAACACAGUGAGACCCCCAUCUCUACAAAAAUAAAGAAAAUUUAAAAAUCAGCACAGUGGCACCAUUCCUUGAGCCCAGGAGUUGGAGGGUGCAGUGAGCAUGAUGGGGCCACUGCACUCCAGCCUGGGUGACAGAGUGAGACCCUGUCAAUUAAUCAAAUGAACCAACCAACCGAAAAACUCAGAAACCAAGGUCCAGAAAGAAGCUAGCCCAGGAUCACACCUCAAGUCCAUAUUAAAGGCCAGACACAGUCUCUGGAUAUCCAAGGGGCAUCUGCAGGAGGAGUUAGGUGGGAAUUGGCUUGGGGUAGAGUCAGGUUGUGACUUGGACCCCAUUAGCCAUGAGACCUCAGGCAAGUUCCUUGCUUUCUCUCAGUCUUUCUUUUCUUUCUUUCUUUCUUUCUUUUUUUUUUUUUUCUGAGACAUAGUUUCGCUCUUGUUGCCUAGGCUGGAGUGCAAUGGGGCAAUCUCGGCUCACCACAAUCUCCGCUUCCCAGAUUCAAGUGAUUCUCCUGCCUCAGCCUCCCAAGUAGCUGGGAUACCGGCUAAUUUUGUAUGUUCAGUAGA